AAACACAGGCAAUGACUCUGAGAUGUCUGGACCUACCGGAGAUCGUCGGCAACAUUUGCGAAGAACUUCAGUGCUCUGACUCGUUCGGAUCAUUGGCAGCAUUCGCGGUCACCGACCGCCUAGUAUGCCAAGUUGCGCUUGAUGCACUCUGGCGGGAACAGCGCAGCCUUGUACCCCUCCUAAAGAUCUUACCCCAGCAUCGAGUCGACGAGGUUUCAAGCCGGGAGCUGCGCCUUGUUAUCAAGGAGCCCAUAUCACCGCAAGGAUGGGCGCGCAUGCAAUACUACGCGUCGCGUAUAAUCCUGCUGAAUCUCCAUCGGCGCAAAGGAGGGGCCAUUCAAUCUCGUGGCUCCGGUUCCUACCAUACUUUCUACGACAUGCAGAUCGACGAUAGUGCACUGAAAAGCGUAUCUGACUAUGCGGGACCUCACUGUAUAUUUCCCCGCCUUCUCCAUCUCGAUUGCUCCAUGUUUGAGCCGAAAUCUCUUGCGCUCAUUCCAAUGCUGUUCUCUCCGUCCAUCACAUCUCUUACGGCGGGACUAUGGGACGGUGACUCUGCUCAUUCGGAGUGGCUACUGCGAGAUCUCCCGAAUCUCUGCCCUGGAUUGCGAAGCGUCACUGGCAUGGACUGCAAGGGCUCUCGACUUUUUCCUCCUCCUGACUUGCUGCGGCGACUUCUCACCCUGGAAAGUCUGACAAUGGCACACCUCAGCAUCGAAACCAUCCAGUGCCUCGACAAACUCUCAUCUCUGCACUCACUGGAUUUGCGCGUCACCCAGACGUUCAUGAACCAGGUCGAUCGAGCGGCUCCGCCGUCACCAUCGUUGCAGAUUCCGAAUGCCAUGCGUCACGUCAAGCUUGAGCUCGAAGACCCGGCUGGGCUUGAGAGGUUCUUCGCGGUCGUGCAGACGCCUCUCAGAGUAACAGCGUUCGACGCUGUGUGCUACGAAGAGGAAGACGCGAACUUGAACAUCGACGUUCGCCACCGCAACUUGGACCUCCUCGCGCAGGCCCUGGAUCCAACGUAUCUAAAGCAGAUUCUGUACUACCACAACUGCGACAUCGACCUCUCAUGGGGUCCCGUUCCGGGCGCGCACGUCCUGCAGCUCGCCUACCGGUAUCCAAACCUCUCGUACCUAGGCAUAGACUGCUGGGUCGACGCAUGCGACAGAGACCUCGCGGCGCUUGCUCAAGCACUGCCCCAGCUCGAGUACCUCAUCAUAGACACGCACGCCAUGAAUUGUCGUCUAGGGCUCGAUGCCGGGACGCGCCAGGUGCGCACGACACUCGGCGUGCUCCCCGCAAUCACGCGCGCGUGUCCGAAGCUGUGCGGUCUGUGCAUUCGUCUCGACGCCACGAGCGUUCCCGAGCUUAAGCACGCCACUGGCACGGAUGUAGAUAUUGAGAAUUUGCGCGGGCCGAAGCACGCUCGCAUGCACUUCGCUGACUCGCCGCUCGAGGACCCGUCCGCGGUGGCGCGGUACCUUCGCUGCGUCUUCGCGCGGGGACGCAGCCUCGCCUCGCAGCCGCCGAGGGAGGGGAUGUACAAGAGAUGGAAGGACAAUUUCUGGGAGUGGGACGAGAGCCCCACAACCGCCAUGGAUUGGCCGACGGGACGGUGGCCAGAGGUGCGACUGGAACUAAUCAAGCUGGAUAGCGAGAGCGAU